AUGAAUAACUCUAGCCAGUCCUUUGUGAGCCCUGCAACAUUCAAUGCAAACGACUUAGAUUUCAGAGACUUCUUGGACUUGCCUCAGUCUUCUCCUGCCCGAGUUCCAGAAAUCCCAAUCGAAACUGAAGACCUUUAUUCUACUAAGAAAUCGACCGGGAGGAAGCAAAUCGUUGACACCAAGAUUUUAAAUCGCUUUGAAAGCUUAUCUAAGCCUAAGCCUCCAAAGAAAGAGUAUCUACGAUGCAAAAUGAUUAGAGGCCACAAGCGUGUCAAUCGACAAAUUGAAAGAGGUAUCAAGCCUAAAAGGACUUUAAAUGUUUUUUCAGCUAAGGCCAAAAGUUACUGGGACCAGCUCCUCAAGUCGUUCAACCAGUAUAAAUCCAUUCUCAGCCAAGAAAGUAAGACUGAAGCUGGCCCGAAAACUGAUGGAAAAACAAAGCGUAAAGGUGAAGAAAAUGACCUGCCUAAAAGCUUUAAUGGGAAAUUUUGUCGAAAAUAUUUCGAGCCAAUUGAAGUAAGAGAAUCUUAUUUCUACUACACAGAAUAUGUCUUUUCAGAGUUUGACCCUGAUGUUCUGUGUAAAAAAUUCAAGUUGAGAUGCUGCAGAGCUCCUCAGCACUCUUCAGAAUGCAUGAAUAGCUGAAAAUUACUUAAGUUUUAUGUCCAGAAAAUCAUGUUCGAUAAUUUAGGCAUUGAGCCUUGGAUGUCAGUGGAAAGCACGAACGAUAUGUCCAAGUAUUCAACAAUCCAGAGCAAAAUUGUUGAAAAGGGCAUUGACGAGAUCAUUGACGUUUGCGACCCUGAAGAUUUCAAAGGAGAAAGCCUUUGCUUGUUCAAAGAAGUGGAUGAUGGGGACAUUGACCCUGAUCUAUUCUUUGGGUUGUAA